CCCCCGUCCGCAUCCUGCGCCGGGCUCGGGGAAUGGCCAGACUCACCGAGGGCGAGGCGAGGCGGCAGCAGCAGCUCCUGCAGCCCAGAGCCUCCCCCAUGAGCAGCAGCAGCAGCAGCAGCUCGGACCCCCCCGCGCAGCCGGACAGCAUGAAGGACCUGGAUGCCAUCAAGCUGUUCGUGGGGCAGAUCCCCCGCAACCUGGAGGAGAAGGACCUCAAGCCCCUCUUCGAGCAGUUCGGCAAGAUCUACGAGCUCACCGUGCUCAAGGACCGCUACACCGGCAUGCACAAGGGUUGUGCAUUUCUCACAUACUGUGCCAGAGAUUCUGCCAUCAAAGCCCAGACUGCACUACACGAACAGAAGACUUUGCCGGGGAUGGCCCGUCCAAUCCAGGUGAAGCCGGCGGACAGCGAGAGCCGUGGAGGUAGGGACAGGAAGCUGUUUGUGGGGAUGCUAAAUAAGCAGCAGUCUGAGGAUGACGUGCUCCGGCUCUUUGAACCCUUUGGGGUCAUUGACGAAUGUACCGUGCUCCGGGGACCUGAUGGCAACAGUAAAGGCUGCGCCUUUGUAAAGUUUUCAUCUCACACAGAGGCUCAAGCAGCAAUCCACGCACUGCACGGCAGCCAGACGAUGCCUGGUGCCUCCUCCAGUCUAGUCGUGAAGUUUGCUGACACCGAUAAGGAGAGGACCCUACGUCGGAUGCAGCAAAUGGUGGGGCAGCUGGGGAUUUUCACUCCGUCUCUCACCUUGCCGUUCAGCCCGUACAGCGCGUACGCGCAGGCUCUGAUGCAGCAGCAGACGACGGUUCUCUCCACAUCUCAUGGCAGCUACCUGAGCCCAGGUGUCACCUUUUCCCCAUGCCAUAUCCAGCAGAUCGGCGCCGUCAGUCUAAACGGGCUACCAGCCACCCCGAUUGCGCCGACCUCAGGGCUACACUCGCCUCCUCUCCUGGGCACAGCCGCAGUUCCGGGGCUGGUAGCGCCAAUCACAAACGGGUUCACUGGGGUGGUGCCUUUCCCGAGCGGCCAUCCCACCUUGGAGACAGUUUACGCCAACGGCCUCGUGCCCUACCCAGCUCAGAGCCCCUCGGUGGCAGAGACCUUGCACCCAGCCUUUACCGGGGUUCAGCAGUAUGCAGCCAUGUAUCCGACCACGACCAUCACCCCGAUAGCCCAGACCAUCCCCCAGCCGCAUCCCAUCCUGCAGCAGCAGCAGCGAGAAGGUCCCGAAGGCUGCAACCUCUUCAUCUACCACCUCCCUCAGGAGUUUGGAGAUAACGAGCUGAUGCAAAUGUUCCUGCCCUUUGGCAACAUUAUCUCCUCCAAGGUGUUCAUGGACCGAGCCACCAACCAGAGCAAGUGCUUUGGUUUUGUGAGCUUUGACAACCCGUCCAGUGCCCAGACUGCCAUCCAGGCCAUGAACGGCUUCCAGGUCGGAAUGAAGAGGUUGAAAGUUCAGUUAAAACGACCCAAGGACGCCAGCCACCCCUACUGACAGUAUGUGAAGCCAGGAUUCAGUGCUGCAGCACAGGCAAAGGAACCAUCCAGAGGAAGAAGAACUUCUGCUUCAAGCUGAUUUCAGGAGAGGCCAGUAAAUUUAAGAACUCUUUUGACACCGCCCCUUUCCGUCCCACCCUGCCCCCCCCCCGCCCCGAAAACGUGAUGCUCCAAAGAGAAGAGAUGCUUUGGAAGGCUUGACAUCGACCCAGCGGGAAGAGUCUUGUCACAGCUGGCUGCUGCCACCACCACCAUUACUGAGGGAGGAGGGGGCCAGAGAAGUCGACACUCAUGGGGACCAGGCUGCCUUCUGCUCAGAAUAGGUGUGGAGUGCUGUGGACUAAGAAAACUCAAUUGUUGCGUCUCUAGGUCACCACAGCAACUCACGGGAUUUUGGCUUUCACCCUUUCAUAUAUAAAUAUAAAUAUAUAUAUAAUAUAUAUAUAUAUAUAUACAGUCUCUAUUUUUUUUUAACGUAAAUCACAGGACCAAACUUUUCCAUUCAGAGACUCCCUCCUCCUCACCUCCAGAGGGGUUAGGAGCAAAAGUGUUACUGCUGGGACAGCACUUCCUCUACGGGGACUGCACAAGGGCCUGGAUGUUGUCAGAGGAUGUGGCCACGGGGAGAUCCUCUCUCCACUUGGUAUUAGCAAGCGGUGAGGAGAGAGCGAACUAUAUACCUCCAGGAAUGGAGUAAGGCCAUCUCAAGAUUCACUCACCCAUCAACCUUAGCACCAGCUUGAUUAAAGCUACUGAGAGGUCUCAGUCUUACUUCUUGGAGGGCUUCUGGAGACCAGGCUACUGGAAUUUGGCGCUGAAGCCCAUCCUGAGCACCCCUGGAAUGGGAAAUAAGGUACCUUUACCCUUCAUCCCCGGCAACAGCAGCCCUUCCCCGUGCUCAGCAAAGAACCCUUGACUUUCAUCGUUCUCCAUGGCAACAGGGAAUUUUUCUCAACCUAUCAAAGGCCAGCGCUGUAAUCCUACAGCAGAGAGAUGGAAGCCUGAAAUGGCCUCCACGUUCCAGCUAGAACAUAGAGCUUUUUAUCAAGCGUUUAGCAUUUCCAAACCAAACAUUCCAUUGGCAACGAUGUUUACUCCAGUUGAGGACCUCUUAUCCCCUCCGCAAGGCUUUUCAGAGCAGAUCCACGGAGGAUAACAUUGUAAAAGAGGUUGUUUUGUUUUUUUCCAGCAUUCCCUCACCCUUCCAAGGACAAAUUAUACCGUAUGCAGCAUAUAUAGAUAUAGCUAUAGAUAUAGAUACACUUAAGCACAGAACCCAGGUCCGAGCUUGGUUAAUUGGAGCUCUCCUAAAGUAGGGAUCGUAUGGACAAGCAGCAUCCAUUGAACAACUUGAAAGAGUCCCUUUAAGGUUCUACCAAAAUAAGUUUAAGCAAAAGAAAAAAAACAACUUCUGAACAACUAGUCCAGAGUUUGCUAAUGUGCGAAGAACAUUCCUGUGUGUGUCUGCGUGCGUAUGUGUGUGUCUGCGUGUGUUUAAAUAACAUCAGCAGAGGGUUGGUGGGGAAAGACUGAUGUAGCAGGUUUAGAAGAGAGCACUGAGGACUACGUUUCUCUUGGGACCUUUAUAAUCUGUCAUCAUUCUCCAGCUUCCCACGUGCAGAUAUUGCCCAGGCUCUUUAAGAAAGUACAUUUGUGGAUCUUCACCAACCCUCGCUGUCUGAUUCUGAGAACACAUGAGAGAGAGGAUGAAGCAUUGAAAGCUUGUGCGUUUCUAUCGUCCAUGUUUACUGAUUGUAAAUACCAUUUUUAUACUUAACAUCUAUUAUGUACGUGAUUUGUACGAUGUUCUUUAUUUCUGCUACAAGUGAUUUCAUGAAGUUUGAACUUUAAUCAAAUUUUGAACACAAAAAAUAUUACCAACAAAAAGCAAAACAAAAAAAAAAUAAGGACUUUGGAAAUUUUAGGUUGAGCUGGUUUGAACUACGUGUCUAAGAUCAGUUUCUUCCAUGACAGUUACCAAUGUGAUCGAUCCGGUGUUGCAGGUGAGAUUCAAGCUGUGUCUUAAUGUCAAACUCCUCGCUCUGGUCUAAAGAAUCCGAAAUUUAUUUAAUAAAAGUUUUACUUGUUAAGUAACUGGUUUUCGGAUGUUGGUUGUGUCCCUCGCCAAAUGGUUUCUUGGGUUUGAAGACAGUCAGGAAGGACCCAGAUUAGUAAAGCAUUUAAAUACAGGCUUAAGGCCAUCCCUAUUCAGCAAAUCAGUUGGGGUACAUCUGCACUGCAGCUGGGAGAUGUGAGUCCCUCAGCUCAGGGAGACAUACUCGGGUUAGCUUUAGUUGCACUAAAGAUAGCAGUGUGGCCAUGGCAGCAGGAGUCUUAUGACCUCUAAGCACCUGCCUAAGACUUCAAACAGGCUCAUACGUGAGCUGCCAGCCCAAGCCGCCAGGGCCACUCUGCUGUUUUUAGCACACUAGCUUGAUCAAAGCUAGCACAUGCAUGUCGCCCCCCAAGCUGGGUAUCACGUCAGCCCGCUGCAGUGCCACUGUACCCUUAAGCACUGGUCCACAGUCAAGCAUGUACUUAGGUUCCCUCUGUAUUCAGCAAGGCCUGUAGACUUGGGAACGGACAGAAAGGAGGGUCCAACUCAGGCUUUGUGCCAGCAAAUGUUCUUAUGAACAGGCAUCCCUAAAGGGCAGUAGCUCUCUAGGACGUUCGAUGGCACCAUCCCCAGAAUAGCCGCCCCAGCACCUCGCCCUUUAUUGAUGGCUCCAGCCCAUGUGAACGCUGCGAGACAGGGAGCGGCAGCAUUUGAGAACUGGGGACAUGGAGGCCAGGCCCUGACCUGUCAGUUCCCCACUCCCCGCGCUGUGUUUUAGCCACCGCGUCACGCCAGCAAGCGGUUUCAGCCCCAGCUCUAGGUGUCUCGCCGAAGAGAGCUGGCCAGAAUCGUACACUUUGGCAUGCAGCCUCUGAAAGCCAACCGCAUCACCCGCGCCCCAGCAGGGCAGAACCAGCCCCAGCUCAGUGACCUACAGCAGCUACAAGGCGAAUGGGCUUUUCUUUACGCCACUGUCUUCUCUCACUCUUCUAAUGUGUUAGUGACAAAGUCCAGCUGUUUUAUUUUUAAGCGAUUAGUUCCCACAGCAGCUCGGUAAAUAAAAUGGACCAGCCCUUCAGGACUCAAACUCGACACUGGCCCAUCUAUUAACUUACACCAGAAUAUCUGAGCCUGCCGAGAGAGAGAGAGAAACCCUCCUCUGGUCUGUAGCAUAAGGGAAGCGAGACUGGUCAGCCCAGGGCAGCAGGAUCUUGUGUUCGAGAUUAGCUCAGCCCUGGUCUGUUGCGUGUAGGUUUCAGUUUUCCCUUCUGAAAAUGGAAUUAACGUUUCUUUUCCAAGCAGCCCUGCUUUAUAAAGUGCUUUGGGCUACUCCUACAAAAGGUGCUCAAGGAAAGCAAAGGGUUCUGGAGAAAUAAAGGCUCUUACAGGCUCGCUUUUCAUGUUUCCCCCUCAAAGUCAUGGUGCUCCUGGCAGAGGCUUUAUAAGUGCCCUUAUUGUUCUAGUUUAUGUUUAAACCAUUGGAGACCCUUUUCCCAAUCUCUAUGUGUUGCAUUCAGAGACGGAUUAGUUUUUUGGGGUCCUGAGCCAGAGAAAGUGGGAGCCCCUCCCCCCCACCUCUCAUGCUCCU